AUGCGCAUCUUGUUCAUAUUGGUGUUCGUAUCCUAUGGAUUCUCCAGGUUUUCUCGAGAUACCAGUGAUACUAAUCUGAAACUCUCAGUGGAUCGUAUGGAAAAAAUCGCAAGAAUCACAUAUGGAAUUUAUGUUCAAAAAGGAUUAACCGACGGUGAAAUUUCCAUUGACGAGAUUUUUAAAAUCAAGAACCUGAAUCAAGUUUUCGAAGAUUCUGGAGCCCUGAAAAACGAAUUGAAAUCUCUGGUUACUGUAUCCCAAUCGCUGAGAAAAAGUCCAGAUAUCGAGAAGAAUCAGCAAUAUUUCCUGGCUCUGGAAGCUAUUCGAAAGAAAGUUGAUGGAUUGGGUGAUGUGGAAAAGUGGGCGGAGUCUGGAGAGAUUCAGAAGAUAACCCAGAAUUUGAAAGACAAGGAAAUUGAUCUUCCGAAGGUUGAGAAGUUCUUGGAAUAUUGUGGAAAAUUGGAUGAGGCAUUCGUAUUUCUAACGGAUAGGAAGAAUUUGGAUAACGCUGCGGAUAAAGGUUUUGCCUCCUUACACUUUUCGGUUUUAAAAGACGAAGGAACAUUGUUGGCUUCUGAAAUCAAGAUUCUGAAUUCCGAUCAUCCAGACGUCAAGACGGUUUUUGAUAUCAAAAGUGUCAAGGAUCCAUUAUCAGUGAUUUUCCAAGCGACUGUGCUGCCAAAGAAUUUGAUAAACAAUCCGAACUUCCAAGACAUUUUUACGUAUUCAAAAAAAUCGAACAAAAAUAUCCAAGGAUUGAAAUCAGUUGAAGAUUUCAUGACGUCAUCUGGAAACAUUCCGAAUCAAGCAACAUUUGAAAAAGUGUUUGAAGACUUGAAUGAUCCUUGGCUCAAAUCUGUUAUCGAAUCUCCUAAUUUUUCAAAAUCGCUGGAAAAUUUGAAACUCUUUGAAGCUCAUUCGCUGAAAAAAAUUCGAGCCAAUUUGAAAGGAUCCGGAGGUCAAAAAGUUCCAAUUAUCGAUCUACUUUUGACAAUUGAUUACAAUCCAACGGAAGCUGAAACUGUGGCGAAAGAAUUCAAAAAUUGCCUAGAAAAAAUUCCAAGAACAGCGAUAUCAACAACUGAUAUGGAUUCGUUAAAAGCGAGUUGCCAAAACAUGGAAAAAUCAGUCGAUGGCUUGAAGUCCAUAUUGGAAGCUCUUAUGGAAAUUUCAAAGGACCCGGAAUUCCAACAAAUGCUAUCCGAUGUCAUUGGAUUUGCUGAAUCAAGUGUUGGUGACUUGCAAGGUGCCUUUGACAAGUUCAAAAGCUAUCAGGAUUACGGUAAAUUCAAUCAAAAAGUUUUAAAGAUCAAAAGUCUGGUUGAGAAGAUCAAAAAUCUAAAGUCCGAGUUGAAGAUCCACGCUUUAGCUGUUCAUGAUAAUGUAGGCAAAGUUGUCGAUUUUCAAAAUAGCUACAAGUCAUUAUCCGAAGGAUUUGGAUGCUUGAAAAAUGUCAAAAAUUCUGGAAAUCUCAUUGGGAUGAUUGAUCUGACUAGAAAUAUGGGAAAACUGAGUUCGAGCUCUUUGGAUCCCUUGGAGAAGUAUAUUGAGAAGAUUGAAAAAAUCUCUCCAGAUCUAAAGAAACUCCAAAACGACAUGAACUCUCUCAAAGGAAAGGGAUCGGAUGGUUUGGAUCUUUUGAAGGAUCGGAAGACUCAUUCGGAAGUGAUUCAAAUGGCCACCCAUGGAAUCGGUGCAAUGAAGACUGCAAUUGAAAAGAAGGCGGAGAUUCAAAAGAUGGUUCCAGAACUGAAAUUGGUUGAUGAUCUAAAGAAAACUUCAAAAUCCUUGGAUCAAAAAGAUUUGGAUAAUUUGGACUCCUUGGUCAUGAUGGAAGCCUCUCUUGAUGAAAUGUAUCAGGGCUUGGAAUCUUGGAAAUUGUCUCUCAAAAAUCCAGAAUCCACGAAUCUAAUCGAUCAUCAUGAGAUUUUUGUCAAAGCCAAAGCUGUUUCUGGAUUGUCUUUGGAUCUUUUGGAAAUUGGAACUUCGUUGGAAAAGUUGAUCGGGGAAACGACGGAUACUCAGAAGAAAGCCAAAUUGGAGGAGGUUCUGAAAAUGUUUGAUGAGAUGGCAUUCGUUGGAAUGGAGUUUUCAAGGUAUUCCAAAAGUUUCGAUGAUUCUAAGAAGACGUUGACAGCACUGGACACUUUCUUUGCUAGUUUUGCCAAGAAUCCGUCUGGAUCUUCUGGUUCUUCUGCUUUUUCAACAAAGAAUCCACCUGGAUCUUCUGGUUCUUCUGCUUUUUCAACAAAGAAUCCACCUGGAUCUUCUGGUUCUUCUGCUUUUUCAACAAAGAAUCCACCUGGAUCUUCUGGUUCUUCUGCUUUUUCAACAACACAAAUUUCGGCUCAAUCUUCAGACUACACCCACCUGAUCAUCGGAAUUGCUCUCGCACUUCUAUUUCUCAUAGCUAUAGUUCUCGGCUAUAUUUUUGGAUACCCGAAGUUUAAAAAAUUCAUGGAGGAAAGGAAAAAGAGGAAACAAAGAAGAAAGGAUGCAAUCGCACCGGUCUCCCGAGAUGGCGUCACCUUUGUACCAGAAGAAGCACCUGCAGUUCAACCUUCAACUCUACCAGAAAAAGAAGCUGAAAAAGAACCCUCACUCAACCCUCCACCCGCAGAGUUACUUCUGGACAAAACUCAAUCGGAUCACAAUUCUAAAAAAUCAAAAAAAGAUGAAAAGGAGACAAAAGUGGGAUCCAAGAAAGAUGCUCCAGCGGAGAAAACUCAAGAUGGUGAAGGUAUUUUUAUAGUUGUUUUUUUGAUCUUUGACCUUAAAAAUAUUUCAGCAAGGUGUAAAAUUAAUGUUUCUCGCGACCUAAUUAGCUGGUUGUGCGAUACUAUAUUUGAGAAGCUGAGAAAGACGAAAGAGGUGAAAAUUAAGGAAGCAAGUAAGAAGGAAAAAGCGAUUGGCGAGAAAACCAAGAUAGUUGGAAAUGUCUAUACGUUUUAUUGGGAAUUCGUCUCUUUGUGUUUUGCAUAUCUCUACAUGAACAAUACAUCCGAAUCGUUUUUCGGUGGAAAUACUGAUGGAAGAACAAAGUACGAAAUUGAACCAAGAACACAGUUCGAAAUAAAAUACUGGGUUCAGAAACCGAAUGGAAAGAGAAGAAAGUGGGUACAAAAAACACAACAAAUGGAUGCAAACACAGUGACAUUUCCCAAUAAGCUCCAAUUCAUUCUUGGAAAAUCUCCAACGACCGAAGAGGAAGCAUAUUGGUUUUGGGUUAUGAUUAAGGAGUCAAAAACUAAAGAAGUGUUCAUGAUGAGUGGUUUCGAAGAAGAUGGCAAGAAUAUGUGUUACGAGUAUAUUCCACUGGAAAAGGGACAUAUAAAGACAUUCAAGAAAGACAAUCAAGUGUAUACAAUCGAAUGCAAAGAAUACAAAGAAGUAGGAGGUGGACAGGUUGUGAGAAGACAGUUGGAAGUCACAUACGAAAAAGAUUCCCCGAAAUUGAUAAUUGAACAUGUCCAAUAUAUCAAAGCAAAAGAUCUGAAAUCGUUAUCCGAAAGUCCGAUGAAUCCGGCUAUCGUGGCGAAAUUGGUUCGAAUGGCAAGAAUCAAUAAGGAGCCAGUGAUUGUUCAUUGUCAGGAUGGUGUCAAUAGAUCCGGAGCGUUUGCUUAUAUCGAAUGGUUGAUCCAAAGGUUCGGAAAUAAACCUAAUAAAGAUAUCGAUUUUGUCCAAGAGCUUUUUUCGUUGAGAGCGAUGAAGAAACACGCCGUCAGCAACGAUAUUCUCUUCGGAUUUUCGAUUAUUGCAUUUCUGGCUUUUCUUUAUGGUGACGCCACAUGUGAACUAAUUGAGAAGCUGAAGAUCGAGUAUCAUCUUCGCUUUAAUUGGAAACGGGACAACGACUUCAAAGAUGAAACCCAAGAUGAAAUAAUGCAAAUGGACCAGAAAUGGAUUGCUGAUAAAGAAGAUCUUGAUUAUGAAAGACAAGAACAGCAAAAGAGACUGGAAAAACUUCAAAAACUUAAGAAAGAAAACAAAAAAAACGUUCCAAUUUUUUAA